AUGACUGACUCCUCGAAAGUAACGAUUGCUAUUAUCGGCGCUGGCUUGAUUGGGCCGCGACACGCAAGAACUGUCGUUCAAAGCAACGAUGCAGAACUUGUGGCCAUUGUUGAUCCUACGCCCUCCGGCCAGAAGUUAGCUGAUGAGCUAAAUGUGGCCUAUUACACAUCCGUUGCACAUCUUCUGCAGUCCACGCACAAGCCCGAUGCAGCUAUUAUCUGCACACCAAAUCACGUCCAUGUGCCGGUAGCAAAGGAGCUGUCGUCUGGUGGCAUGCAUAUCCUAAUUGAAAAACCUGUUAGCAGUGACAUAGAGAGUGGGAAAGAGCUUGUAAAGCAUCUUAACAACAUGGCCGUCAAGGCUCUUAUAGGCCAUCACCGCCGCUUUAACCCAUACAUUUCUGCCGCAAAAGAGAUCAUCUCCUCUGGCCGACUUGGCAAUAUUGUCGCUAUCAACGGUCUAUGGACGACGUAUAAGCCUUUGGACUAUUUUGACCCCCCCGCUGAAUGGCGGAGACUCAACACAGGAGGCGUAGUCCUCAUCAACAUGAUCCAUGAGAUUGAUCUCCUCCAUUACUUGUUCGGCCCUAUUGUCCGCGUGCACGCCGAGAAAACUAUCUCCCAGCGUGGCUUUGAGGCAGAAGAAGGUGCUGCACUUACCCUCCGUUUCAAGUCCGGCGUCGUGGGUAGCUUCCUGGUCUCAGAUAGCCUCCCCUCACCGUACAACUUUGAGUCGGGCACAGGCGAGAACCCCCUAAUUCCUAAAGCUGGACAGGAUUUCUACCGAAUCUUUGGCACUGACGCAGUGUUAAGCGUACCGGAUAUGACAACCUGGUCGUAUAAUGGCACGCACAAGAGCUGGCAUCAAGAGUUAGUUAGCGAUAAGAUUCCAGUGGCGGAUGCGAUUCCAUUCCAGCUGCAGCUGAGUCAUUUUGUAAAGGUUGUCCGAAACCAAGAGUCCGCUAGCUGCACGCCAGAGGCUGGCCUUGCUGCUCUGGCUGUGUGUCAAGCAAUCAAGGAUGCAUUAGAGGCAAGCACGACUGUUGAUGUCGAAAUCUUUGAUUUCUAA